UGCGCAGGCGCAGCCCGGGUGACGAAGAUGGUGCUCAUCAAGGAAUACCGUGUAGUGUUGCCAGUCUCUGUGGAAGAGUAUCAAGUAGGGCAGCUGUUCUCUGUGGCUGAGGCCAGCAAGAAUGAGACAGGAGGAGGAGAAGGCAUCGAGGUGCUGAAGAAUGAACCUUAUGAGAAGGAUGGCGAGAAGGGACAAUACACACAUAAAAUAUACCAUCUAAAGAGUAAAGUCCCCGGUUAUGUGAAGAUGAUUGCACCAGAGGGAGCUUUAGUUUUUCACGAAAAGGCUUGGAACGCCUACCCGUACUGUCGCACAAUUGUGACGAAUGAGUACAUGAAGGACGACUUUAUGAUAAAGAUCGAGACGUGGCACAAACCUGACAUGGGAACAGUAGAAAAUGUCCAUGACCUGGACGAGCAGACGUGGAGGACUGUGGAGGUGUCUCCCAUAGAUAUUGCAAACAAAGAAGAAGUGGCCCACGGGGACUAUAAGCCAGAAGAAGAUCCUACUCUUUUCCACUCCGCCAAGACGGGCAGAGGACCUCUCGGCCCCGAAUGGAAGAAUGAGCUGAAGACAGAUUGUCCUUACAUGUGUGCAUACAAACUGGUCACCGUCAAGUUCAGAUGGUGGGGUCUGCAGACCAAAGUGGAAAACUUCAUCCACCGGCAAGAAAAGCGUAUUUUCACCAACUUCCACCGCCAGCUGUUCUGCUGGAUUGACCGAUGGGUGGGUUUGACCAUGGAGGACAUCAGGCGGAUGGAAGAAGAGACCCAAAAAGAGCUUGAGGAGAUGCGUCAGAAGGGAGAUGUGCGAGGCACCUCUGCAACAGACGAGUAGAGGCCCGUCGCUGUAGGUCAAACACUAGAGGCAGGCUGACUGCGUACUAAAGGUCCGAUUCGAGGCACCAGUGCUGCUCAUGAGCAAUGAGGCAAAUCAACCAAACCCUGUCAUGAUGAUGUCAUCAGAGACACGUCCACCACGAUGAGGAAGUGGCUCCUGACGUCGCCUCUUCUCUUCCUGUCUCACAUGAUUCAUUGGGGGGUUUGACACGAUUGGUUAACAGUACUGUACAGAUUCUACCCCAAUCACAAGCCUCCUGUUCACAACAGAAAAAACAUGGUUUUGCAUACAUAUAAAAAAAAAAAAAGAAAAAAAAAAUCUUUGCACAGAACGUAAAUUGCCUGAUAUGUAAUUGUUAGUUGAUUAUUACAAUGGGCUUUGUUUUUAUUCAGGUGUGUAAACCGUGACUCAGAAAGUCAAGCCUUUUAAAUUCAUUAGAAUGUUUUUAGGUUCCCACAACAAUUGGUAUAAGAUGACUUUAGCAGGUAUUGGACCAUUUAUCUCCCCCCUUCCCUUGUAUUAUAACUGUCUGUCUCUACUUUAAUCCUCGUCUCUCCCCUCAGUAUUGUCUAUAUUCUUGUCCUGGUAAAAUGUGUCUAGACCUCCUUGUCUCACUGUCCCCUCUGUCUGGCAGUUGGUUGGGAUGUUUUUUCUUUCUUUUUCUAGUUGAAGGCUAAUGCCUGUUUAUGGUUCAACGCAAAUUCAAUGCUCAAGCAUGAUACAUAAUUCUCUGAUAUUGUUUCCCCCGCACAUGCACACAUUUGGACAUGCACACCAGCCCUCCUCCUCCGUCACAAGUGCAUGUGGACAACGGCAACUCCUCGCUAAACUGUCAUUGCAUGUGUAUAGUCGCUGCAGUGCAGCUUCGCUCAAGUGUUGAUUAGAGAGAGAGAGUCUGUACGAUACACCUGUGUGUGUUUAGUGUGUGCUUGUUUGCGUUCUCAACUGCCUUCGCUCUUAAAGGACUGUCACUCUUGAGAUGGAUAAGCUUAAUAUCGAGGUUUUCUGCGUGGUCUCUGCGCACCACCAGCCUGUUGAAGUCGCCUCAUGCUGUCGCUGCAUGUCCUGUCUCCUCGGCUCGGGCUUUAACUGACCACAAAGCUUCUUUUUUUUCUUUCUUUUUUAUAACUCAAACAAAUGAGGACAGUCUGUGCGUUGCAUCGCUGCGUGCAUGAAUCAAGGUAGUUUGCCUCCUCUCUGACCUGACGGAGCAAAUGGGUCCAGGCAGAUCUGUGGUGUUUGUUGCAGUUAUGGAUUGACGAGCAUUCUGCGUGUAUAGUUUUAUAUUUCUUUUUUUUUUUUUUUUAAAGCGUUACAACUACCUUUACAACAAGAAAUUAUGAAGUCAGUUUUCUUGAUGGUUUCUAGUUAAGGAGAAAAAUGUCAGAAACAUUUGACCCUUACCGUUUCGAGCAGUGUUGGGUGAUGUAGUACGAGCCUUGUUCUGAAAACAGGUGGCAUCUUUUAUCCUGCUCUUUUCCUGCAUCACUACUUUUUUUAUUUUAUCGGGCUGCAUUGACUUUAGCCGUCUUUAUUUUGAGCGUAAUGCAGAUCCAGUUGGGCUCUAGCUAAACUAUAUGUGAUGUUUUCUAUGAUCAUGACGUAGCUUAGUGCAGUUCUGCAGCUGUGAUUGGGUGUAUUCGAUCGGGUAUGAGUGUCUCUUAGGUUUUGUGGUAACCUAUCUGUGCGUGGUGUAUGUUGGACGAGUUAAAAAGAGAGUUAUAAGUGUACUUUAUAAUAGGCCCAUUAUAGAAAUGGACAAACUGUACAUACAAACUGACUUGAAUGGAUUAUUCACAGCUACUACGCGGUGUCAGGUCUGUCGUUCAAUACUGCUAAGUUCCAAUGUUGUCAGAGCAGGUAAUGUCAGCUCUGUGGACAGUGUGCUGUAACGUGGAGCAGACUGUCCACGUGUUGCUGCUCACACCGUACCUCAUACCAUGCUUAUGAAUGUACAGCUAGGAGACAGAUGUGUCAAACUAUGCAGGAUGUUUCCCAACUGCAGCAACGCUGACAUGUUUCACACCUGUACAAGCAUGACGUGGAGCCAUUUUAUCAUCAAUACACGAGGAGAGAUUUACGAAAAACAAAAAACACCAGAUUUGGAUCUGCAUGCUCAACACUUUUCUUUUGUCUCGAUUGUUUGAUCAGGACAUGAGAGCUUUUGAGAAGCUCUUGAACUGCAUCAGACGAGAAGGGAAAUCCUUUUUGUUUUAAAAAAAAGGGGCGGCUUCUCCUCCGAAUCAAACUGGAUUCAGCUGGACCUCAGAUUACACGUGAGGAGUGAAAAGCCUGACUGAGUUUGAUGAUGACGGGAGUCGCCCCGUAGACUAGAGAGUAGGCUGUGUGAUGUACAGUUUUUGUAGCAUUACCAGUGAUGCCAGCCAGGGUAUGACUGUGAGGGGAGGGAUAGAAGCUUAGGGAACAGAUGGAGUCCAAAAUACUGUUUUCUUUUAUUGUAAUCAUGAAUAAGCACUUGCAAAAUCUACUGUUUUUUUUUUUUUUUCUUUUAUGUUUUUGUUUUUGAAAGACAAAGAUUCACAAUGUACUCGGUUUUCUCUUUUCUGAUAAGGCAACAUUCAGGGGAAUUGGUAGUGAAUGUAAUACAAUUAGUUCCUUUUUUUUUUCUUUUUCACAGCUUUCAGGCUGUGACAGAAGGUCUAGACAAUGGAACAUAACAGAAUAUCUAAUAAAUUUGAUCAAAUAAGAGAAUCAA